GCAGCCGAUGGCGAACGGCGUGGAUGUGAACGGAUCGCGGCCUUUUGACUCCAGCUUUAGGCAAGCCCGGGAGCAGUUGAGGCGAUCCCGACACAGCAGGACCUUCAUCGUGGAGAGCGGAACCGGAGAGCUGUGGUCCGAGCUGCAGACCGGUGACAAGUACAUUGUAGCAGACUGCGGAGGAGGAACGGUGGAUCUGACGGUCCAUCAAAUCGAGCGGCCGCAGGGGACGCUGAAAGAACUGUACAAGGCCUCAGGUGGUCCGUAUGGAGCCGUGGGCGUGGACCUGGCCUUCGAGUCCAUGCUCAGCCAGAUCUUCGGGGACGACUUCAUCCAGAGCUUCAAAACCAAGCGGCCGGCCGCCUGGGUGGACCUUACCAUCGCGUUCGAGGCCAGGAAGCGGACGGCGGCACCGGGCGGGGCCAACGCCCUCAACAUCUCGCUGCCCUUCUCCUUCAUCGACUACUACAAAAGACACAGGGGGCAGAGCGUGGAGGCCGCCCUGAGGAGAAGCAAUAUGAACAUCGUCAAGUGGUCGUCGCAGGGCAUGCUGCGACUAAGCCAGGAAGCCAUGAACGAGCUCUUCCAGCCCACCAUCGCUAAUAUUGUGCAACACAUCGAAGAGCUGAUGUCGAAACCCGAGGUGCGCGGCGUGCGUUUCCUCUUCCUGGUGGGCGGAUUCGCCGAGUCGCCCAUGCUGCAGAAAGCCAUCCACAAAGCGCUGGGAUGCCUUUGCCGCAUCAUCAUCCCGCACAACGUCGGUCUGACCAUCCUGAAGGGGGCGGUGCUGUUUGGGCUCGACCCGACUGUGGUGCGAGUGCGUCGAUGCCCGCUGACGUACGGCGUGGGCGUCUUGAACCGCUUCGUGGAGGGGCGCCACCCCCGGGACAAGCUCCUCAUCAAGGACGACCGGCAGUGGUGCACCGACAUCCUGGACCGCUUUGUGUCCGUGGACCAAUCGGUCGCUCUGGGCGAGGUGGUGCGGCGGAGCUACACGCCCGCGCGCCCCUGCCAAAGGAAGAUCGUCAUCAACAUCUACUGCAGCGCCACCGACGACGUCACGUACAUCUCGGACCCGGGGGUGAGGAAGUGCGGAAUGGUCACGUUGGAACUGCCGCAGCCGUUACUACCGCCCGCUGCGGGAGGCCCAGCGAGGAGGGAGAUCAGGGCCACCAUGCAGUUUGGGGAUACAGAAAUCAAAGUGACGGCCGUGGACGUCGUGUCCAAACGCUCCGUCAAAGCUUCCAUUGACUUCCUGUCCAAUUGAGCAGUGAGAUAUCCAAAUAGAUUCCAGUAAUGAACAUCUGUGGCGCGAGGGAGUUCCAAGUCUUGACUUCAGAAUGAAUCGGACAUGUUUCUGGAAAAUGACCGAAAACGUGAGAAGACUGAGAAUGACAUUCAGGAGGAGUGGGGGAUAAAUAGAGCGUUGAAUUGUUUUACAACUUUUCAGAUUUUUAUUUUUUUUUUUCUUACCUGGAGUGAGAAGAUCCCGUGACCUCAUUUUAAUCCACCGUACUACCUAGCACAGUCCAACAUGGCUGUCAAUCAGCAAUGAACUACAAGCUGGGAGAAGCUCAGAAUGCAAUGAGCAGGAAUUGUGGUGGGACCGUGUAGUUCGAAUAAUAAUGUCUCGAGCAGCCACUCGUGGACUUCCACGAUUAAAUGGAUUUACUUUCCAGGAUUAAUCACCGGCACGCGACAAGUAUAUUAUUUUACGCGAUAAGCGCCACGUUUUGGAUCGCAGUGUCCCGGUGUUAAAAAUAACACACGCAAGCCAUCGGUAAGUUUGAUUUCAGCGGUGCGUUUAUUGUUUCUAAGAAUGGUUCAAUAAAUACACGCACACGGCGCA